CAUAGUUUAUGGUGUAGGAAUAUUAUGUAAAUAAUACAUUGCACAUAUAUCUAAAAAAACUAUAUCGAUUUCUUUAAAAAAAAGGAUAAUGACUGGGUGAAUAACAAAUAACUACAUUGUUACAAGAUGGGCGAUAAAGAGGACGUGGAUACUCGCCUCGAGUUUAUCAGUGAAUAUUUACUUAAAUCUCUUAAGCAGAAAAUAGAUAAAUGGGCUAAGUUCAUAACAGGCGAUGAAAGACACAUUCUGUUCCGAUACUUUGACAUGCCGAAAUACGACAUAAUUGUGUUCCGCAUGAACACUGCAGGACUCCUAACAUGUGCGACCAAUUUUCCUCCCAUAAGUAGGGGGAAAAUGGUGUACUUUCUAAGAAACAUUGAUGACAAAAUUACCCAAGCGAAUUUUCGAAAGUUAAUAACAAUCGGCGAGAUAUCCGGCAACGUCCUGAUGGACAUCAGCGUGAUGGCUGACGAGGUGAUCGGGCCGCUGCUCUGUAAUCCGGAGAACCAGAAGGGCUGGCCAAAGAUCGUGCGCAACGACAUGAAGAGACACAUCAACGACUUGAGGAAUCUUAUGACACAGCUGAAAGGUGAGAUGUCUAGUCAAAUAAUGCUGCCUAUGCCAGCCGGGGUCGAGAACAUCUACCACGCUGAAUCGAGACUCAGAGAAAGUGAUGGUGAAGACGUGGACUUAUAUUUGAAAACGAAUAUUGAAGGCGCUAUCAUCAAGUGGGCUCAACAAGUCCAUGAUUUAUUGCAAGAAGAUUCAUACAUAGCAUUCAAAAGAACGAAAUUUCCGCUGCCCAGCGCAGACAUAGAAUUCUACGCGAACCGUCUGCGCAAUUUGGAAGGCAUUUACUCCCAACUCCGGGACCCUCGCGUGAAGCGAAUGGCGCACUACCUAGAGGAUACUAGAAGUGUCUAUCUUAGCUGCUUCAAGUCUAUGCUCACCAAUGUUGUUGCCUCCGUCGUAGAGUGUCGGGAUAUUUACGUGUACCAGAAGCCGCUGCUGACGCAUUUUGAAAGUUACGAAGGCACAGACUUCUCGGACUCCAAGCCGAUGAUACGGCCUAUGUUCCAUUGCAUCGGGCUGUUGUGGGGGAACUCCCGAUAUUACUGCAGUGUUGAAAAGCUGAUACCUCUUCUUCGCGAAGUAUGCAACUUGGUGAUCCAACAAUGCACGAACUCUAUCGACCCUGCUUCCAUUUUCCAAGGAGAGCCAGAUGAACAGCUCAUCAAAUUGAGGAAAGCUCUGAAUAUACUGAAUCAUUUUAUAGAGACGUAUGAAAUGAAUCGUGAUAAAGUCCACACAUUCUUCCCGGCCGGCGUCAUGCCUGUGCGGUGGUCUUUCGACUUCGAUCGCGUGUUCAUGAGGUUCAAUGUAUACAUGAAGCGAUUGAAGAUGAUAGAAGAGAUCCUUGAGGCCACCGUGGAGAUAUUGAAGUUGGAGAAAGUGGAAUUCUGCGGUCUGAGAGGCAAGAUCCUUAGCACCGAAUGCAUACAGGUUUUAGACGAGUACACGUUGAUCUACCAAAACCUUGGCAACAUCACAUACGACCCGGCUGAUCCCGAAGAUAACAAAUUUCUCCCGGACCACGCCCAGCACAUGAAAGUGUUGGAGGACGUUGACAGACGACUGGCGUCCUUGUUCUCUCAGGGAUUGGACGAGUGCCAUAAUCUAGAGCACUUCUUUAAGUUCUUCCAAAUAAUUGGUGAUUUGUUCCACCGCCCCAUCAUCAAGAAAGAAUUGAAACCGAAAUUAUCGAAAUUGCUGGACUUCAUGCAUCACAAUAUUGACAAUGUGAAGGAGAUAUUUGAUGAAGAAAUAGCGAAAUUGACAAAAGGCCCGGAGAGGCCAAUGGUGGACCCGUACCUGUCUCCGGUCGCGGGGAUGAUCUGGUGGAUCUAUAAGUUGAGAAGGAGGCUGGUAAUGCCGAUGGAAGAUUUCAUAAUAUUUGAAGACCCGAUUAUAGAGUCCGAAUACGCGUUGUACAUGAAGCAGAAACACAACGAGAUGAUCGGCUACCUCAACGUGUUGGAGGACAGGCAGUUCAAGCAGUGGUGCGCCACCGUGCCCGGCAUCUGCAAGGUGCACUUGGCCAAGAACCUCAUCUAUAGGGACCCGCCGUUCGUCAGGAAUAAUUUCAGUCCUGAGUUGGUGAUGUUGCUACGUGAGAUUCGCUACAUGAAAUAUUUGGAUAAGCAAGGAAUACCACCUGAUGGACUCGAAUUGUACGCUCGGAAUGAAAAGCUACAGUACGACAUGAACCGCUUAAACCGGGCCAUAGCGUGGUACAACGCGAUCCGCGAGGGCAGCCACGAGACCGAGGUGGCGCUCAUAGAGAAGGAGAUUUCUGCUAUCGACCAGCUGCUGGGCCGCGGCGUGGAGGAGCUCACCUGGAAUGACGACUUCACAGAAUGGAUGGCAGAGGUGUACACCGCCAUCAACACGCUACAAGAGCGAGUCCUGACCGCGCAGAACAACGUGAAGCGAGGCCUCACCAACAUCGCCGCCUGGGGCAACGUCCCGCUGCACAACCGCAAGUUCAACCCCGACAAGCACGAGCUGCUGGACGUCGUCGGCAGAUUCCCCAGAUUCGUCAGGAGACGGGACAAAAUCAUAGCAAGUCAUGAAGAAUUCGAACAGAUCUUGAAGGAUAACUACAGACUGUUCUUUAAUAUUCAGGAGGAGGAAGAGUCUGAUGACGAAGACGAAGAAUUAGAAGAAGUGGAUGAGGCUACUCUUGACGAUGAAGAAAAAGCUGCGCGGGCUCUCAAGUUACAACAAUUGGCUGAGCGUCGCGAAGAGAAGAUGAUAGCGCGGGAAAUCAGGCGGCAGGAGAAAGAAGAAGCAGAUAGAAUCAAGUUUGAGAGGAGAGAAGCGCGUCGGCUGAAGAGAGAAGCUAAGGAGGAAGAGAAACGGGAACGAGAUGCACGUAGGGCAGAAGGAGAAGAAGUAGAUUCUCCAGCAGAAGAGGAAGAAGUAAUUGAUGACCCUGAUGAGCUUGCUGAUAUCGAAGAAGAGAAGAGAGAGAUGGAAGAAGAGGCUUUCAGAAGUGCUCGCUGGCCUGCUUAUGUUGAAUAUGUCGAUUCUCUGGUAUCUAAAGAAAUUAUGAAAGCAAUUCAGACAAGUCUUAACCUGUUUGAGGUACAGACGAACUUGGAAAAAGGUCCUAGAAUUGCAUUUAUGAACAUCAUCGUUGAACUGAAGGAUCCAGACAUAUAUUUUUCACCUUCUUUGGAAUUGAACGACGAAGACGGUCUCUACGACACGAUGCGGGAAAUGAUGAAAGAUAUGUUCCUUCAGGCUACGCUGUUUCCAAGGAUUGAUCCGAUAGUUCCUAUCGCAUCUUACGAAGACGAUAUUGCCAAAGAAGAAGCUAUGAUUGACCUUUUCCAUGAAAUAUCUAAAAGAGUCGAGAACAGUAUUAAUGACGUCGUACAAUAUGCCUCGAAAUAUGAAAAGUAUGCUCCUCUGUGGUCGGAAGACCGACAAGAGAUCUUGGCUGGUUUUUUAAAGUACGGUAGAGUUAUUCCACCAGAGGAGUUCGACAAGUACAAAUACGAGAAUGGUUGUGAGCCACCGGAAGCUAAACCCAAACUGGAAGAAUAUCAGAAAGAGAUCGACAAAUACAACGCAUUGUACGAUGAAGUGGCGGCGCUACCCGGUAACUAUUUAUGCAAUGGCUGGCUCAACAUGGACUUGAAAAGAUUGAAUCAGGCUAUCCUGAAUAUUGUCUGCAAGUGGAGCAAUCUCUAUAAGGAGAACUUGAAGAACUUCGUGCAUAAGAGUUUGGAUGACUUGGAGGAAUUCAUAAUUUAUGCCACUAAGGAGUUAAAUGUGGAACUAGGCGAAGAUGACUACGAAGGCUUAUUACAAGUAAUGCGUGUUCUUAACGAGGUCCGAGCUAAGAUGGAUGCUGGCACGGAUCAAAUGUUCGAGCCUUUGAGGGAUAUCAUGUACGUGCUCAAAGAUUAUGGAGUCGAUUUCCCUGAAGAGACCUACGAACAGUUGGACAUGCUACCAGAGAAAUGGCGAAACCUGAUCAAGUUGGCCACAGUGAUGAAGAACAAUGUAGCACCAUUACAAGCAGCGCAAGCCGCUCUCAUUGCCAAGAGAGUGGCUUUGAUCUCCUUGAGGUUGACCAUGUACCGGGAGCAGUUCAAGCUCAAAGAGGUGUUUCUGGAAAGUUGCAAAGAACCAUACAAGCAUAUCGAUAAAAUUCACCAAGAGUUAUUGGGCUUUGAAGACAUAGUGGAUACUUUAAAGAAGUCUUGUGGCCUAUUUGACAUACAGCCCCCAGAUGAGAAGAAUCUUAAGCAAUGCCGUAGAGAACUUAAGCUUGUUAAACAACUUUGGGAUUACUACUAUUUGGUGAUGGGAACUAUAGAAUUCUGGAAGAAAUCGCCGUGGAAGAAGAUUGAUGCUGACGGUAUGGACCAGGAGUGCAAACGAUUCACGAAGGACCUCAGGCAACUGGACAAAGAGAUGCGAACUUGGGAACCGUAUAUAGCUAUUGAAGGAACAAUAAAGAAUUUAAUGACAUCUUUGCGAGCUGUCACAGAUUUGCAGAAUCCAGCCAUAAAAGACAGACACUGGGUCGAGUUGAUGAUGGCUACUAAGGUAAAAUUCCACAUAGAUGAUGACACCACUCUCGCCGAUUUGCUUGCCUUGAAUCUGCACAAAUAUGAAGAAGAAGUUAAGACUAUUGUUGAUAAAUCUGUGAAAGAAGCAGCCAUGGAGAAAACUCUUAAGGAAUUGGAAGCCACCUGGGCCAUAAUGGAGUUUGAUUACACGGCCCACGAUAGAACUGGCAUUAAACUACCAAAAGCCAGUGAGGAACUGGUAGAAGUACUAGAAGAUAAUCAGAACCAAGUUCAAAAUAUGAUGUCUUCCAAGUUUAUUGGAUUCUACGAGACAGAAGUAACAGAGUGGCAAAAGAAACUGGGUAUGGCGGACGCAGUUAUUGCGAUUUGGUUUGAGGUGCAGCGAAAAUGGCAAUAUUUGGAAAGCAUCUUCGUUGGUUCCGACGACAUACGUGCACAGUUACCUGAGGAUUCGAAAAGAUUUGACAAUAUUGAUAAGACAUUCAAGGAAUUAUUGAAAGACAUUGGGAAUACUCCAAAUGUAGUGCAAGCAACCAACAAACCAGGGCUGCUAGAAAAACUGGAGGAGUUAAUGAAGGCACUCAACUUAUGCGAGAAGGCCCUCAAUGAUUAUCUGGAGACCAAGCGAUUGGCAUACCCUCGCUUUUAUUUCGUGUCUUCAGCGGAUUUGCUCGAUAUUUUGUCAAACGGCAACAACCCGCCAGCUGUCUGCCGUCACUUGACCAAGCUUUACGACAACUUGGCCAAGUUAGUAUUCCCAAAGCCCGGCAGCAAACAUGCUUUCGAAAUGAUCUCCAAAGAAAACGAGGAGCAUGUGCCGUUCAAAGCGCCGUGUUGCGAUUGUUCUGGAAAGGUAGAAAUAUGGCUGAAUAGAGUCACAGACUGUAUGAGGUACACAUUGCGUGAUAUUUUCGAGCACAGUGUGAAAUCUUAUGAAGAUAAGCCAAGAGAUGAGUGGGUGUUUGACUGGCCUGCGCAGCCGGCCUUGGUCGGGACACAGAUCUGGUGGACCACAGAGACGAACCAAGCCUUCGAAAAGCUUGAAGAAGGUUACGAGAACGCAUUGAAAGACUACCAGAAGAAGCAGAUUGCGCAGCUGAAUGCGCUUAUUGUGCUACUGUUGGGUGACUUGACCGUUGGUGAUCGUCAAAAGAUCAUGACAAUUUGUACCAUUGAUGUACACUCCCGAGACGUGGUGGCCAAACUUAUUGUUGCUAAGGUGGAGACUUCCAAUGCAUUCCAAUGGCAGAGUCAGUUGAGGCAUCGAUGGGACAUGAACCUAAAUAACUGCUACGCUAAUAUUUGCGAUGCCCAGUUUCUAUAUGACUACGAGUACUUGGGCAAUACUCCUCGCCUUGUGAUUACGCCUUUGACUGAUCGCUGUUACAUUACUUUAACACAGAGCCUCCAUCUGAUAAUGGGUGGCGCUCCAGCGGGACCUGCCGGUACUGGGAAAACGGAGACCACCAAAGACUUGGGUCGUGCGUUGGGCAUCAUGGUGUACGUGUUCAACUGCUCCGAACAGAUGGACUACAAGUCUUGCGGGAAUAUUUACAAAGGACUUGCCCAAACCGGCGCUUGGGGAUGUUUCGACGAGUUCAACAGGAUCUCUGUCGAAGUGUUGUCCGUGGUGUCGGUUCAAGUAAAGAGCGUGUUGGACGCCAUCAAGACCAAGAAGAAGAAGUUCGACUUCAUGGGAGAGUACAUUACUCUAAUACCUACCGUGGGCAUGUUCAUUACGAUGAACCCCGGGUACGCCGGAAGAACAGAGUUGCCAGAAAAUCUGAAAGCCUUGUUCAGACCAUGCGCCAUGGUUGUGCCUGACUUCGAAUUGAUUUGCGAAAUUAUGUUGGUAGCUGAAGGUUUCCAAGAAGCCCGUCUAUUGGCAAGAAAAUUCAUCACUCUAUACAUGUUGUGCCGAGAACUACUCUCUAAACAAGACCAUUAUGAUUGGGGUCUUAGAGCUAUCAAGUCUGUGCUAGUGGUGGCCGGAUCACUAAAGCGAGGUGACCGACUUCGACCUGAAGAUCAAGUACUUAUGAGAGCGCUAAGAGAUUUCAAUAUUCCCAAAAUCGUGACGGACGAUACUCCGGUCUUUAUGGGGCUCAUUGGUGAUCUUUUCCCUGCACUAGAUGUACCUAGAAAACGAGAUUUUGAUUUUGAAAAGAGUUUGGUAGAAGCGGCUCUUUCCUUGAAAUUACAGCCAGAGCCUGGAUUUAUUUUGAAGAUGGUUCAAUUAGUAGAACUGUUUGCUGUGAGGCAUUCCGUGUUUAUUAUUGGUUUUGCUGGCACUGGUAAAUCAAUGGUCUGGCAAUGUCUCAACAAAACCUACCACAUGUUAAAACUAAAGCCUUAUUACAAUGAUUUGGAUCCUAAAGCUGUGACAAAUGAUGAAUUAUUCGGCAUUAUCAACCCUGCUACUCGUGAGUGGAAGGACGGCCUGUUCUCAACUAUCAUGAGAGACAUGGCUAAUAUGCCCGGAGAUGGUCCAAAAUGGAUCGUUUUAGAUGGAGACAUUGAUCCUAUGUGGAUCGAAAGUUUGAACACCUUGAUGGAUGAUAACAAAGUAUUGACGUUGGCUAGCAACGAACGUAUUGCGCUCACAAAAGCGAUGAGGCUUUUGUUUGAAAUUUCCAAUUUGAGGACUGCAACCCCAGCUACUGUAUCUCGUGCCGGUAUCUUAUACAUCAAUCCACAAGAUUUGGGUUGGAACCCAUUCGUGGCUUCCUGGAUCGACACGACGCGAGACGACGAGUCUGAGAAGGCGAUGCUAACAGUGAUGUUUGACAAGUACAUACCAUCGCUACUGGAGUCCUGCAAGAAGUACAAGCGAAUCACGCCGCUUACUGAAUUGCAGCAAAUACAGCUCACUUGUUACCUUCUUGAAUGCUUCCUCAAUAAGACAUUGCUGCCUUCAGAUUGUCCUAAAGAAUGGUAUGAAACUUACUUCGUCUUUGCAAUAGUUUGGGGUUUCGGUUCGGCCCUCUUCCAAGACCAGCUUGUAGAUUGGCGAAACGAAUUUAGCAAGUGGUUCUGCAACGAGUUCAAGCAGAUAAAGUUCCCGUCCUCUGGCAACGUGUUCAGCUUUUUCAUUGACCCCGAAACUAAAAAAUUCUUGCCUUGGUCUGAGAAAGUGGAGUCGUUUGAUUUGGAUCCUGAUUUACCUUUGCAGUCAUGCCUGGUGUCAACUUCGGAGACCACCCGAAUCAGGUUCUUCAUGGACCUGCUAAUAGCCAAACAGAAGCCGGUGAUGUUGGUAGGCAGCGCUGGUAGCGGCAAGACCGUCAGCUUCGCGGCCAAACUCAACGCUCUUCCUGAUUCUUUCGCAAUAACCAAUGUGGCACUCAACUUUUAUACUACUUCUGAAAUGAUCCAGAAAGUUUUAGAAAAACCUCUUGAGAAGAAAUCUGGGCGUAAUUUUGGUCCGCCCGGCAGUAAGUUCAUGAUUUACUUCGUGGACGACUUGAAUAUGCCCGAAGUGGAUACGUACGGUACAGUGCAACCACAUACUCUCAUCAGGCAGUAUAUGGAUUAUAGACAUUGGUAUGACAGACAGAAACUGUGUCUCAAGGACAUAUCGAACUGCAUGUUUGUGUCAUGCAUGAACCCAACGGCCGGCUCUUUCACUAUCGAUUCUCGAUUGCAAAGACAUUUCUGCACGUUUGCUGUCAGUUUCCCCGGGCUAGAUGCGUGUUUCCAUAUCUAUAAGCAGAUUCUGUCACAACAUCUAGCUAAUCCAUUGAACAAAUUUGGCAUGCCUGUCAUCCGAUACGCAGAGCCUUUGGUCAACGCAGCGUUAGCGUUGCACAAUAAACUGUCCACCAUGUUCCUGCCCACUGCUAUCAAAUUCCACUACAUUUUUAAUUUGAGAGACUUGUCCAAUAUUUUCCAGGGUAUUCUUUUUACAACCGGCGAUGCAAUCAAACAGCAAUCUGAACUGAUUCGACUGUGGAUGCACGAAGCUACUCGUGUGUACUCCGAUAAACUGGUCGACAUUUCCGACAUUGAAAACUUCCAGAAACUUAUCACUGAAGUGAUCAAGAAGAAUUGUGAGGACUAUGACGAGAAUGUGGUGUUCGAAAAGCCUCUAAUCUACUGUCACUUUGCGGAGGGGAUUGGUGAUCCGAAGUACUUCCCCAUCCGCGACUGGCCUCAAAUCAAGAAGUUGUUAGACGAAUCGCUCUCUGCAUAUAACGAUAUGGUGGCCACUAUGAACUUGGUGUUGUUCGAAGACGCCAUGUAUCAUAUUUGUAGGAUCAACCGCAUCCUGGAAGCUCCUCGUGGAAACGCUUUGCUAGUUGGCGUAGGUGGAUCUGGCAAACAGUCUUUAUCGCGACUGUCAGCCUUCAUUUCCUCACUAGAGGUGUUCCAGAUACAACUCCGCAAGGGAUACAGCAUCAACGAUCUCAAAGUUGACCUGGCUCUAUUAUACAUAAAAGCAGGUCUUAAGAACAUUGGAAAUAUGUUUUUGAUGACGGAUGCCCAAGUAGCAGAAGAGAGGUUCCUAGUGCUCAUUAACGAUUUGCUGGCGUCCGGUGAAAUUCCCGAGUUGCUGGCUGAUGAUGAAAUAGAGAAUAUUAUUAAUGGCGUACGUGGUGAGACCAAAGCAUCAGGCGUACCUGACACUCGUGAAAACUGCUGGCGUUUCUUCAUCAAUCGAGUUCGAUCCAUGUUGAAAGUGGUUCUAUGUUUCUCCCCUGUGGGCGCCACUCUGCGUAUCCGAGCGCGCAAGUUCCCGUCCAUUGUAAACUGUACGGCAAUUAAUUGGUUCCACGAGUGGCCCCGUGAAGCCUUGAGGUCUGUGUCUAAACGGUUCCUCGCUGAAGUAGAGUCCUUACCGGUAAACCUCGUUGAACCAGUCUCAAACUUUAUGUCUCAUGUACAUCAAAGUGUGAACCAGAUGUCCGCAGUGUACUUUCAAAAUGAGAAACGGUAUAACUAUACCACGCCUAAGACUUUCCUGGAACAGAUUGCUUUGUACUCUAAACUUCUGAACGAGAAGACUAAAAAUCUAAUAAUGAUGAUACAACGACUCGAAAACGGUCUAGAGAAGUUAGCCUCAUGUGCGGCUGAUGUAGCUGUUCUUAAGGUAACGCUUGCAGAACAAGAAAUAUUAUUGAAGGUCAAGAACAAGGCAGCAGAAGAAUUGAUUGAAGUUGUUGGAGCUGAGAGUGACAAAGUGUCGAAGGAAAAAGCAUUUGCUGCCGAAGAGGAAAAGAAAGUGAAAGUGAUUGAAGAGGACGUGACAAUAAAAGCAAAGAUUUGCGCCGACGACUUGGCGAAAGCCGAGCCAGCGCUGAUGGCGGCCCAGGAGGCAUUGAAUACCUUGAACAAGAACAACUUGACUGAGUUGAAAUCUUUCGGCUCGCCACCUGAUGCUGUAGUCAACGUAACGGCAGCUGUUCUCGUGCUGUUUUCUAAGAAAGGCAAGAUACCCAAGGACAGGUCGUGGAAGGCCUGUAAGCUAAUGAUGGCUAAAGUGGAUCAAUUCUUAUACGACUUGGUUUAUUAUGACAAAGAAAAUAUUCACCCAGACGUCAUUAAGGCAGUACAACCAUACAUUAAAAACCCGGAGUUCAACGCGGAGUUCAUAAUGUCAAAGUCCGCCGCGGCGGCUGGUCUGUGCGCGUGGGUGAUCAACAUCUGCAAGUUCUACGAUGUGUACGUAGUGGUGGAGCCUAAGAGAAGGGCUCUGAAUGCCGCCAAUGCUGAGCUGCAAGCCGCUAGGGAUAAACUGUCCUUCCUCACUGAGCAAAUCCAUGAAUUGGAAGAGAAACUUGAGGUGCUUCUAAAAGCUUUCCAAGAAGCCGUCAAUGAAAAGAUGAAGUGCCAAGCAGAAGCGGAUGCUACCAAUGCAACAAUAGAUCUGGCUAAUCGACUUGUAAAUGGAUUAGCUUCCGAGAAAAUUAGAUGGUCAGCAACAGUGGUGAAUCUCAAAGAGUCGGGAGUGAUGCUUCCCGGGGAUGUUCUGCUGAUCACCGCCUUCAUCUCGUACGUGGGCUGCUUCAUGCGCCGCUAUCGACAGCAGCUAAUGAAUGACGACUGGAUUCCCACGCUUGCGAAGACCAACCCGAAGAUCGACAUGACAGAAGGCCUGGAACCUCUGUCCAUGCUGACAGACGACGCACAAGUGGCCACUUGGAACAACGAGGGCUUACCCACUGAUACUAUGAGUACGGAGAACGCAACAAUACUUACGAAUUCGGCGCGCUGGCCACUCAUCAUUGAUCCACAGCUCCAGGGCCUCAAGUGGAUAAAGUCUAAGUACGGAGAGGGGCUGGUGGUGAUCAGAUUAACGCAGCGCAAUUACAUAGACCGGAUCGAGCGCGCGGUCAGCAAUGGGAAUGUGGUACUUCUGGAGAACAUCGGGGAGACCGUGGACGCUGUGCUGGACCCGCUGCUGGGACGAGUGCUCAUACGGAAGGGGAAAGUUUUGAAGAUUGGAGACAGGGAGACAGACUACCACCCUAACUUCCGACUCAUCAUCCAAACCAAGUUGGCCAACCCGCACUAUCAGCCCGAGAUGCAAGCUCAGUGCACGCUCAUCAACUUUACGGUCACUAAAGAUGGUUUAGAAGAACAAUUAUUGGGCGAAGUAGUAAAGGCGGAACGCCCUGAUCUAGAAGCUCUACGAGCCGGGCUUACGAAGCAGCAGAACGACUUCAAGAUCACUCUCAAGACUCUAGAAGACGACUUGCUAAAACGCCUGUCUUCCGCCGGUCCCGAUAUUCUCAGUGACUCUGCUCUUGUCAUCAAUUUGGAGACUACCAAGAAGACGGCUGCUGACAUUGAGAUCAAAGUCGAGGAGGGCAAGAUUACCGCUGUGAAGAUUGAUGAAGCGCGAGAAAGAUACAGAAAAGCUGCCGGUCGAGCGUCUCUCCUUUAUUUUAUCUUGAACGACAUUUACAAGAUCAACCCGAUGUACCAAUUCUCCUUGAAAGCCUACAGUGUGGUCUUCAAAGACGCGUUGGCCUCAGCAGAGCCGUCUGAAGAUCUGGACGGAAGAGUCAGGAAUCUAUUAGACAGUAUCACUUUCUCGGUGUUUGUGUAUACCAGCAGGGGACUGUUCGAGAGAGACAAGCUUGUGUUCCUAUUCCUUAUUACGCUGCAAGUGCUCCAAUCAGAAGGCAAGGUAGAUCCUAGAGAACUUGACUUCUUGCUCAAGUAUGCGGUGGCACCUGAGGUAUCUCCGUUCACAUGGCUCAGCAACAACUCGUGGGGUGGCAUCAUCGCGUUGUGCAAGAUGGACGCCUUCGAGAACCUUGACAAGGACAUCGAGGGGGCUGCUAAAAGGUGGCAGAAGUACACCGACGGUGAAGCCCCCGAAAGAGACAAGUUGCCAGGCGAAUGGAAGAACAAGACUCCUUUGCAAAGACUUUGCAUUAUGAGAGCGUUGCGGCCUGAUCGCAUGUCUUAUGCCUCUGGCGCUUUCUGUGAAGAGAACCUGGGCACAAAAUACGUAGAAGCGAGAACGCCGCCACUGGAGAAAUCUUUUCAGGAGAGCAACGCCACUACGGCCAUGUUCUUCAUUCUGUCUCCCGGAGUCGACCCGCUAAAAGAUCUAGAAAAGUUGGGUCGCAAGUUGGGUUUCUCGACGGACAAGAAAAACUUCCACAUAGUAUCACUAGGUCAGGGUCAAGAAGUAGUGGCCGAGGAAGCGAUGGGCGUGGCGUCUGCGAACGGAGACUGGGUCAUCUUGCAGAACAUACAUCUGGUCGCCAAGUGGCUCGCCACACUAGAGAAAAAGAUGGAAGAGACAUUUGAUAAUCCUAUACCAGAAUAUAGAUUGUUUUUGAGCGCUGAGCCCGCGGCGGAUCCUGCAUACCAUAUUAUACCGCAAGGUAUCCUGGAAUCAGCAAUUAAGAUAACCAACGAACCCCCCAUUGGAAUGUGGGCUAAUUUACAUAAGUCUCUGGACAACUUCAGUCAGGAAACCCUUGAAAUGUGCAGCAAGGAGGCAGAAUUCAAGGCUGUACUCUUUGCGCUGUGUUACUUCCACGCAGUGGUUGCAGAAAGGCGUAAAUUCGGACCGCAAGGGUGGAACAGAGUAUACCCCUUCAAUUUCGGCGACUUGACCAUCUGUGUGUACGUGCUAUUCAAUUACCUGGAAGCUAAUCCCCGCGUCCCGUGGGAAGAUCUGCGAUACCUCUUCGGGGAAAUCAUGUACGGCGGUCACAUCACCGACGAUUGGGACAGGAGGCUGUGUCGCACCUUCCUGCUCGAGUACAUGGUUCCCGAGCUAGUUGACGGCGAAGCACAACUGGCACCAGGGUUCAUUUCACCGCCUAAUUCGGACUAUGUAGGCUACCACCAGUAUAUAGACGACUUCUUGCCCGACGAGACACCAUACUUGUAUGGUCUUCAUCCCAACGCAGAGAUAGGGUACCUCACUACCGUCUCCGAGAGAUUGUUCAAGGUGGUGUUUGAGAUGCAACCGCGUGACACAGGCGCCCAAGCUGGUGGUGGAGCAACCAAAGAAGAAAUGGUCCGCUACAUACUAGAUGACAUAAUGGACCGCGUGCCGGAGCCUUUCAACCUUCAAGAGCUGAUGGGGAAGGUGGAGGAGUUGACGCCCUUCACCAUCGUGGCGCUGCAGGAGUGCGAGCGCAUGAACCGCCUCAUGGGGGAGAUCAGGAGGUCGCUGAAGGAGCUGGAACUGGGAUUAAAGGGUGAAUUGACGAUCAGUAGCGACAUGGAAAAGCUGAUGGAGUCGUUGUUCAUGGACAAAGUGCCUGAUUCGUGGACCAAGCUCGCGUACCCGAGUCUACUCGGUUUGGCGGCGUGGUUCUCAGACUUGUGUCUGCGUCUUACUGAACUGGAGAAUUGGUCUGGAGACUUCAAUCUACCACCUGCAGUGUGGCUGGCCGGAUUCUUCAACCCGCAGUCUUUCCUCACGGCCAUCAUGCAGCAGACGGCGCGCAAGAACGAGUGGCCGCUCGACAAGAUGUGCCUCAACUGCGACGUCACCAAGAAGAGUAGAUCCGAUUUCAACGCUCCUCCACGCGAAGGAGCCAACAUCCACGGGCUGUACAUGGAGGGCGCCCGCUGGGACACGGCCACGGGCGGCAUCGUGGAGUCGCGCAUGAUGGAGCUGUUCCCCAUCGUGCCCGUCAUCUUCGUCAAGGCCGUCACCCAGGACAAGCAGGACACCAGGAAUGUGUACGAGUGCCCGGUCUAUAAGAUUCGAAUGCGUGGGCCCACGUUUGUAUGGACUUUCAACCUGAAAACUAAAGACAAGCCGACUCGCUGGACCCUCGCGGGAGUGGCUUUACUGCUCGGAGUUUAGCGAUAUUUUUGAAUCAAGUUGCAGGCUGCCCCAAUUAUUAUGCUUAUA